CACAUAAGUCAUCGGUAGUCAAAGUCCAGGCAACAGACUUGAAGAGUCUUAUCAAAUUCUGCCUUAGUACAACUUCAUGUUCAGUUUUGCAUGAGCUGCAGGGUGAUGUUGAGGUCUGUAUUUAGGUGCCUUAGGACCAAUCCUGUUGCUUGCCACAGAAAUAUGUCUCAAAGCAGUCUAGCUGGGAAGGUAGCCAUCGUCACUGCCUCCACAGAUGGGAUUGGCCUGGCUGCAGCUCAGGCGCUGGGCAAGAGAGGGGCCCAUGUGGUUGUGAGCAGCCGGCGGCAGGCCAACGUGGACAAGGCUGUAGCGCUGCUGCAGAGCCAGAGCAUCCAGGUGACCGGAGCCACCUGUAAUGUUGGCAAGGGAGAGGACAGAGAGAAACUAGUUAAAAUGACUGUGGAUCAGUGUGGCGGCAUCGAUAUCCUGGUGUCCAACGCAGCAGUCAACCCUUUCUUCGGAAACAUCAUGGACUCCACGGAGGCAGUGUGGGACAAGAUCCUGGAUGUAAAUGUAAAAUCAGCCUUCCUCAUGACCAAGUUGGUGGUGCCUCAUAUGGAGAAAAGGGGGGGGGGAAAUGUAAUAUUUGUGUCAUCUGUGGCUGGAUACCAACCAAUGCAGGCGUUGGGUCCGUACAGUGUAAGUAAAACAGCCCUGCUGGGUCUAACCCGGGCUCUGGCUCCUGAACUGGGUCAGAGUAACAUAAGAGUGAACUGCGUGGCCCCCGGAGUCAUCAAGACCCGCUUCAGCUCUGCGCUAUGGCAAAAUGAAGACAUCGUGGAUGACUUCAAAAGGCAGCUCAGCAUUAAAAGAAUUGGAGAACCAGAGGAAAUCGGAGGAGUGAUCGCGUUCUUGUGCUCCGAGGAGGCUUCCUACAUCACCGGGGAGACCAUCACAGUGACGGGAGGGAUCGGCUGUCGACUCUGAACCUCCAGUGACAGCAAAACUAAUUUGCACUUAAAUGUGUGGAGUUGUGUAGAUAACAUCUGAUUCUGUUUUGACACUUUUUCUCUGACAUGGUGGCACAGCACAGCCAGAAUAAAGAUAAUAUGAGAGCUAUUAUACGCCAAUAUAAGCCAGAAUCCAGAGGCAAGUUUCCCUGAGCUUUCUGGCUGAUAUGUUCUGUGAAUGUUUGUCGAGUUUUCUAAUCAGAAUAUGAACCUUUUUUUUUUUUUUUUUUACAAAUAUUUUUUUUUUUUUUUUUUUACAAAUAGCUUAUUCUAAAAAUCAUCAGGGAUGUGUACUCUGAUUGCUGUGACACCUGCAUUGCUACAGUCUGUAUGAUAAACUGGCAUUCAGUUUCUAAAUAAAUGAGAUUUCCAUUUUUA